CCCCUUUCUGCAUUUGCGAUCUAGCCUCAGCCCUGACAUUAUUUCUUUCUCUACAAGGAGUGUUAGGAGGCAUGGGGAGCUCUCAAAGGCUCCCCUUUGUUUAUUCUUAAUACCGUGCUUCUGUGUUCCUUGGGAAUGCCACUGGGCUUACGCCUCUGGUCUCUGGGAGCUGCAGUGGAUGGGCAUUUGUAACAGAAUGUAAUGGGAAGCUCUGAGAUAAAAAGUUAUGGAGUGCAACCACCCACCCAAUUCAAGAAUCUCUCCUAAAAUACCUCCUUUGCAUACUUACCCCUCUUUUGUGUGAGCAGUUCUGGUGAUGAGGAGCUCAUUACUUCACAGGGAAGACUUAUUUUGGAACAUAGCUCACUAUUCAAAGUUCUUCAUCAUCUGAAGCACUAUGGGACUGAGAAACAUUCUCUUUGGGAUGGUCCUCCUGCUCUCUGGUGCUGCCUCCUUGAAAAGUCAGGCAUAUUUCAAUGAGACUGGAGAACUGCCGUGCCAUUUUACAAACUCGCAGAACCUAAGCCUGGAUGAGCUGGUCAUAUUUUGGCAGGACCAGGAUAACCUGGUUCUCUACGAGCUAUACCGAGGCCAAGAGAAGCCUCACAAUGUUAAUUCCAAGUAUAUGGGUCGCACAAGCUUUGACCAGGCCACCUGGACCCUGAGACUCCACAACGUUCAAAUCAAGGACAAGGGCUCAUAUCAAUGUUUCAUCCAUCAUAAAGGGCCGCAUGGACUUGUUCCUAUCCACCAGAUGAGUUCUGACCUAUCAGUGCUUGCUAACUUCAGUCAACCUGAAAUAAAUCUACUUACUAAUCACACAGAAAAUUCUGUCAUAAAUUUGACCUGCUCAUCUACACAAGGCUACCCAGAACCCCAGAGGAUGUAUAUGUUGCUAAAUACGAAGAAUUCAACCACUGAGCAUGAUGCUGUUAUGAAGAAAUCUCAAAAUAACAUCACGGAACUCUACAAUGUAUCAAUCAGGGUGUCUCUUCCCAUCCCUCCUGAGACAAAUGUGAGCAUCGUCUGUGUCCUGCAACUUGAGCCAAGCAAGACACUGCUUUUCUCCCUACCUUGUAAUAUAGAUGCAAAGCCACCUGUGCAACCCCCUGUCCCAGACCACAUCCUCUGGAUUGCAGCUCUACUUGUAACAGUGGUCGUUGUGUGUGGGAUGGUGUCCUUUGUAACACUAAGGAAAAGGAAGAAGAAGCAGCCUGGCCCCUCUAAUGAAUGUGGUGAAACCAUCAAAAUGAACAGGAAGGCGAGUGAACAAACCAAGAACAGAGCAGAAGUCCAUGAACGAUCUGAUGAUGCCCAGUGUGAUGUUAAUAUUUUAAAGACAGCCUCAGAUGACAACAGUACUACAGAUUUUUAAUUAAAGAGUAAACUCCA